AUGGAGCCAUCGCCGGUGGGGGUGCCGGAGGGGGGCGGCCGCCUCCGCGCCAGCGAGCACCAGCACGUUCGGUACAACCCGCUGCGGGACGACUGGGUGCUGGUAUCGGCCCACCGGGUAAAGCGCCCUUGGCAGGGUCAGCUUGAGAAGCCGCCCCCCGAGGAUGUUCCCCGCUGGGACCCCAAGAACCCCCUCUGCCCCGGAGCCACCCGGGCCAACGGCGAGGUGAACCCCAACUACGAGGGUACUUUUGUCUUCCCAAAUGACUUUCCUGCACUGCAGCCUGAUGCUCCAGAGCCUGAUGACAGUGAUCACCCCUUGUUUCAAGCUGCCCCAGCCCGGGGUGUGUGCAAGGUGAUGUGUUUUCACCCCUGGUCAGACCUGACGCUGCCCCUCAUGUCCCUGCCAGAGAUCCGGGCUGUCAUCGAUGCGUGGGCAGAGCUGGCGACCGAACUGGGGGCUUCCUACCCCUGGGUGCAGAUCUUCGAGAACAAGGGAGCGAUGAUGGGCUGCUCCAACCCGCACCCCCACUGCCAGGUGUGGGCCAGCAGCUUCCUCCCUAACGAGGCACGCCUGGAGGACCGGACCCAGCGCCAGCACCUGAGCCAGCACGGCGUGCCCAUGCUGCUGGAGUAUGCAGAGCAGGAGGCUUGCCGAAAGGAACGGCUGGUGGUGGAGAAUACAGACUGGCUGGUUGUGGUGCCAUACUGGGCUACCUGGCCCUACCAGACCCUGCUGCUGCCCCGCCGCCAUGUUUGUCGCCUGCAGGACCUCAGUGACAGUGAGAAGGACAGCCUGGCCUCCAUCAUGCAGAGGCUGCUCAUCAAGUACGACAACCUCUUCGAAGUCUCCUUCCCCUACUCCAUGGGCUGGCAUGGAGCCCCCACAGGCCCCUACCUGGAGGAGGACUGCAGGCACUGGCAGCUCCAUGCCCACUACUACCCCCCAUUGCUGCGCUCCGCCACUGUCCGCAAGUUCAUGGUGGGAUACGAGAUGCUGGCACAGGCACAGAGGGAUCUCACCCCAGAGCAGGCAGCCGAGCGCCUGAGGAGCCUCCCCGAGGUGCACUACAAGAAGAGGGCUGAGGAGGUGUGAUGGAGAGCUGCAGAGCAUCCAGUCCUUGGAUGUGGUGUUCCUUGUCUCUUUCACCAUCCCAGGCUCUGUCUUCUGCCCCCAUGGCAUGCUCCUACCACCACUAAAGGGCUUACCCUCCUUACCAGUCCAGUCUCCCUGGUGGGACUGGGAGUUUGGCC